AGAAAAUCAUGGCCGACAAUAUGUUUCCUCGAUAAGAUUGUAACAGUUCUUAGACCAAAAUUCCUUUGUUUUCGUCAUGUCUUCAAGCGAAAAAUACAUCAGUAAGAUCAAGAAGAAACUUUCGUCGAGUGAUCUUGAAGAAAAAAAGAUUCUCAAAUAUUUACGACAUCUAGAGGAUGUAGAAGUUAAUGUUGAGAUUCUUAAGAAUACUGGAAUAGGGAAGCUUGUGAAUGGAUUAAAAAAAUAUGAAGGCAUUGUGGGAGAUGCUGCAAGCAGUCUUGUAUUGAAAUGGAAAACUACAGUUACUAAACAACAAGAAAGUCCAACACAAGAAAAUACCUCAUCUAGUAAAUCAUCAAAGAAUUCACUAUUGAACAGUGAAAUUCAUGAAAGUAAACGAACAGAAAGGAAAACAAGUGAAAAGUACAAUCAAGACAGCUGCAAUAAGAAGGAAGAGUCAAAGGCUAAGAUCAAGGGACCAAGCCUCCAGCUCUGUGAUAUUUCAUUUGGUUGUGAAACUUUACCAAACAAGGAAACAAGCAGACCCAAAAAGAAACACAAAUCAAGUACACCUGCAUCCUCAUCAUCAACAACAUCAAGAGAAAACCACAACAAAUACAAUAAUGACUAUUCUAGCUCUCUUCUUCCUCCUUUACCAACUGUUGCAAGUGUCAAUGAAGCUCUUUUACCUGACAUCCAACCAACAUACAAACCAAGUAGGCUACCAGUAUUUGAUGAUUCUCCCUCCAAGAAAAAAAGAGGGGCAGAUAUUGAAGGUACUUAUCACCCUGUUCUACUCAAAUGUACUCCGCAACAAUUGCUACAUUUAGAGGAUUGUAACCCGGAAAUUACAGAGGAGUCAGAUGAUUUAUGGCAGACACAUUAUCGACGUGAAUUUAAAACAGAGAACCGACUUAAAGGCCUCUCGUGGCGGGAUUCUUACUUGGUAAAUAGACUCAUUAUGAUUAAUUAUUGAUCAUAAAUUCAUUAUUAUCAUUAUUAUCAGGCAAAACAUGAAGAACGAGAAGAACGGUUAAAGAAAAUCAAUGCAAAAAUAUCUGCCUCCCAAGCUGCUAAAAGACCAGAGCGUCAAGUGAAGUUAGCUUACGUGGAGACUAUAGCCAAACCACCUCCACAAAUUCGCAGGAAACAAGCAAAGUUUGGUACUGCUCAUGGUGCUGCAGGAAAUGAAGUACCAUCAAAUGCAAUCUCACCAAUCAAACAUAAAUCAAAUCAUCAUAAACCAAUUCACACAUCAAAUCCUUCAAGACACAAUUACUCAUCAACACAUUCACAACCAAAUAACACAAGUUUGCAAUCAAGUCAAUCAACAAGUACUUCCUUACAAUCAAGUCAUAUAUCAACACAAUCAUCGGCAAUGUUAGCUCAACAAAGACGACCUGCAUCAGCUCCAUUACUAAAGAAAACAAUGAAGAUGUUUAAGAACCAAAGGUCAAUAAAUGGUGCUCAAAUCAAGAGAAGGUGAAUUCAAAGUCUGUGCAUUGAAGAAAUAGAGAUUAAAUUAAUGUGACUAUAUUUAUAUGACUGUGGAUUGCAUGGCUUUGAGAGAUUUUUAGGAUUUUCGAGGAUUGUCAUGCAAAAGAAGGCAUUUAUGUGGUGCCAUUUAUGUUAGUGUAUCAUGUUGCUGAAACUUGGGCAAAUAGUCUUGAAAUGACUGUGGAUACCGUUGCUGAUCAAUGUCAAGCAUACCUCCAACUGGGGAGGAAAAAGAAAUUAACAAGAAUGUUAUUCAUAAGACUAUUAAUUUAUUUAUAGACAUAAUGCAUGUCAGUAGAAAUUUAAUUAAUUAUAAUUGCUGAAUACUGCUUCAAUUUAAUAUUAUUUCAAUGUAAAUUAUUAGGAAAAUAAGGGAAUAAACCCACUGUUGUGGUUGGGAAUAAUUAGUAAAUAUAAAUUAUGAAUUAGUACAAGUUAAGGGGAUUAAUUUUAAACACUGUUUGAUAGUGACAGAAUGGAAUCACUGCACUACAGCAAUAAUGUUAUGUUGCACAGAUUUAGUGUUCAUACAAAUAAUGUUGCAUUGGGUUAUCAUAGACAUGUAAGUAAAAACCACUUUAAGAUGGAAAUCCUCCAAAGUCAGCAAAUUAGAUCACAUAAACCUUUUAAUUAUAAAUCACUGACAAUAAAAUAUACAAACAUAAGGGCAAUGUCACAUUAAUAAUGCAUUUAUAUGCCACUAUGUACUAUAUAAUUUAUAAUAAAAAUAAUUUUACAUUUAUAUACUUUAAACAAAUCAUAUAAAUGUUAUACAAUUUCCCCAAAUAAUUUCAUUUUACAUAUUAUUUAAAUCAUCCACUCAUAAUAAUUUAUAUUCAUAAUAGUCUCUAUUUUGCAUAGCCAGUUCUAGAGUCUUUUGUCUAUAAAAGUACAUAUAACUUCAAUGUUUCCCUGGAAACAAACUUGUCAGCACAAAUCAAUGAUACCAUUUUGAUUGACCAUACAUACUACAGCAAGAAUGUAACUUUGUCACAUAACAGCAGCUUGUAACAAGAGAAUCAUAUCACUGUAGGUUGUAACUGACCAAUCAUAUAAGUUACUACAAGAUGUAACUGACCAAUCACUAGACAACAAGAUCUAACUCUCCAAUCACCUCACAGGAUGAUGUAACUGACCAAUCACUACACAGCAAGAUGUAACUGACCCAUCACCUCACAGGAUUGUCACUUAAAAAUGUUUCAGAAUAGUGUUACUGUAACUGACUAGUAAUUAGAUCACAUUGAGUUGUCCAUAACAAACUUUGGGUCUACUUGUGCUACUUUAGCAGCAUAGAAUGCAUGCAUAACAGUCAGCACUUGCUGCAUAUUGGUGAACUCAAGUUCCUGAAAGGAAAAAAAUAAAAUAGGGAAUGCUUCUAUUUUUUAAGAAAUGCAUUUGACAACCUUGGUUAUAAUAAAAUGACCAAUUGGCUCUAAAUAUGACAUGGCUGAUUUACUGAAGCUGUGUACCUGUCUGUCAAAUGGUCCUGUCGGCAAUGGUGAAAAGAGAAGUAUGAUUUUCCUGUGUCCAUCAUCAGAUGACCCUCUGAGAUAGGAGAACCGGUAUUGCCAGAUUAACGUCUACCAAACAAAUAACUUAUCAAAAUACACCAAUGAAUAGGUGAUUUGCAUUAUGGCGUCAUUAACUACAACUACCACAAUGCUUUGCCCACUCUUUUUUGUAAUGCAAUUAUUGCCAAUUGUUUUACUAAAUCGCUAAAACAUCUGAAUAACAAUGAAAAUGCGCAAGGCGCUCUGGUAGUAAUUGUACUAGUAAAGUUAUGCCAUUAUGCAAAAAUAGCCUAUUGGAAUGUAGAAACAGUCAUAUGUCUUUUAAUAUUACAGUUACAAUAUUAAAUAGUCUUGGCAAAAUCAUGACAACCAUGUAGGAACAACAACAAUCAUAAAUUUCACUUACCCUGUCCUCUGCACUGUACAACCUUAAACCUCGUUUGAGAUCAAGAACCAAUUUGACUGCACGACCAUGCCACUUACCAGGGAAAGUCCGACACUGAAACAGAAUUAAUGAUUUGGUUUUAAUCUAGCUAAUAAUAGAUAUUCUAAAGUACAUGUACAUCAGGCAAGAUCAAAUCAGUGGAUUGAGAGUCCAAUGUGACUACUUUCCUAGCCUGAAUGACUAGAUCAAAUAAAUUGUAGUGUACAAGUCCA